AUGAGUGCGUACUCCACACUUAAACAGAAGCUUCUGUGCGUCAAGUACUGGCUGCAAGGAUACUCCUCGGAUGAAGUAUUUAUUAGAAAGACGCUGUCCAACUCUAAGACAGACUACAUUACGGAAAUAGGGUUUCUCAUUUCAGCUGCAUUCAUGAACCCAAACAUACUGCAAAAGUCUCUCAAGGUUGUGUUCCAGCGGCUGGAGGCUUCUGAAAAGAUGAUAUUUGCCAAGCACGUGCAGUACUACAAGGCUCUUCUGUUUUUGCAAAAGGUGUGCAUGGUCAGCGCCACUGCAAAAAGAGAGGCCAAAAAGAACUACAUUCGGAUACUUUCUUUUGUUUUCUACAGCAAAAACGGGUGCAGCCUGGAUAUAAGCAUCCGAAUGCUGUCCACUUCCAUUCUAAAACAGAUUAACCGAGCGGAAAGCUCGCCUGCAGCAACAAACAACACAUUUGUGACAUGCCUCACACACACAUACUUUGAAAUGGAUGCAAAGGAGGAAGAACCAAUAGACGUGGGAAAGCAACCGCCCCCAUAG